UCCACGGUAUCACAAGAAACGAGGAGACUAAAGUCGCUAAAGUCUAUUCCCGUCGGCAAGUUUCUUCUUUCUCUUCAACAUGGCGCCGGUUUCUGCAGAAGAAGUUAACGUUGGAAAUAGAGAUGCAUCACCAGUUCGUUACUUGUUGAAGUUUGAAUCUUUUUCUGUACUCUCAACGAAUGGUAUAAACAAAUAUGAAUCAAGUGUCUUCGAGUCCUGCGGCUACAAAUGGAAACUGAUCAUAUAUCCUGAUGGAGAUGUAGAAGAUGGACAUGAUCAUAUUUCUGUAUAUUUGGCCAUUGCCGAGACAAGCUCUUUACAGGCUGGUUGGGAGGUGAAUGCCACAUUUAGCUUCUUGAUAUUUGAUCAAAUUCAUGACAAUUAUCUUAUAAUGAGAGGAAGCUUUUGCUUUAUCCUACAGGCAAUGCUGAUCAAAGGAACAAUAGCAUAUCAAUAUACCUUGUAUCAGUUGAUGCUGGAAGUUUUGAUCGCCAAAAGAGGAUGAAGGCAAAAUUUAGCAUUUCUGUUAAAGACCAGAUAAGUGGUGAACAUAAUAAGCGCGGUGGUACAUUCUUUUGUUCCUUAAUUAAUUUGUUCAACUUUUGUUAAUUCCUGUAUUGGUAGGUAAUAUGCUUUAUAGAAGGAGCAUUAUUUACCUUAUGAGUUUAUCUUUGAGGAACUUCCACAAGUUCCUUAUUUUGUUCAGGAAAGGAAAAAUAAAACGAGUACGAACAAUUAAUGAAGUCUUUGUUUUCAGGGUUGAGUUUGAUUGAAUGAUCACUAUACUCAAACUUUUGUAAGGAUUCAGGCUCAUCUAGUAAAUAGCUAACAACUUUUCUACUUGUACUGGUUUAGUUUUCGUCGAUUAUUUAGGUAACUGGUUUAUGAAGGAUCAGAAGCUCCUCUCUCUUUUUCUCUUUUGAGUAGUUUGACGUUCUUUUGCAGAUACAUCGCAUUGGUUUUCAGCUGCUCAUGAAGACGACUGGGGUUUUACAGCAUUCAUGCCGCUACAUGAAUUCAAGAAUCCUAAAGGCUACCUUGUUGAGGACUGCUGCAUUGUGGAAGCAGAUGUUUCUAUAAUUGGUGCUGUCAAUAGUUUAACCUAAUCCUUCAUCUAUGAUCCAAAAAUGCUGCUAUCUUGUGAAACAUCUCCUUUGGAUGCAUGCAAUUCAUUUCCACAGCAAGUUGAUGUUAACUUGUUAAGUUGCAUAUGAGUUUGGUCAAAAGAUGGCAGGAACUUAGCCUAAUGCAUCUGAUAUAUACAUGCGGUUCAGCUAUUCUCUAAUUUUAUACUAUCUGAUUUCAUUGUCUAUCAAAUUUUUUGAGUUUGAUUACAUGACACUUGUCUUAACUUGUUUCAUUCAAAGU